AGCCGGGAGCCGGGGGCGGGGAGAGGCGGCCGGGGCGGCGCUGGCUGCGGAGGCCGCGGCGGGAGCGCGGCGGCGCGGGAGCUCGAGGCGGAGACUCGGCGGAGGGAGCGGCGUGAGCGCCCCGCCAUCGGCCCGUGUUAUAGUUUUGCCGCUGGACUCUUCCCUCCCUUCCCCCACCCCAUCAGGAUGAUAUGAGACUUGAAAGAAGACGAUGCAUACAGGAGGAGAGACUUCAGCAUGCAAACCUUCAUCUGUUCGGCUUGCACCGUCAUUUUCAUUCCAUGCUGCUGGCCUUCAGAUGGCUGGACAGAUGCCCCAUUCACAUCAGUACAGUGACCGUCGCCAGCCAAACAUAAGUGACCAGCAGGUUCCUGCCUUAUCAUAUUCUGACCAGAUUCAGCAACCUCUAACUAACCAGGUGAUGCCUGACAUUGUCAUGUUACAGAGGCGGAUGCCCCAAACCUUCCGUGAUCCAGCAGCUGCUCCUCUGAGGAAACUUUCUGUCGACUUGAUCAAAACAUACAAGCAUAUUAAUGAGGUUUACUAUGCAAAAAAGAAGCGAAGACACCAACAAGGCCAGGGAGACGAUUCCAGUCAUAAGAAGGAGCGGAAGGUUUACAACGAUGGUUAUGAUGACGAUAACUAUGAUUAUAUUGUGAAAAACGGAGAAAAGUGGAUGGACCGUUAUGAAAUUGACUCCUUAAUAGGCAAAGGUUCAUUUGGACAGGUCGUGAAAGCAUACGAUAGAGUCGAGCAGGAAUGGGUAGCCAUUAAAAUCAUAAAGAACAAGAAGGCGUUUCUGAACCAAGCGCAGAUAGAAGUGCGGCUGCUUGAGCUCAUGAACAAACACGACACGGAGAUGAAGUAUUACAUAGUGCAUUUGAAGCGCCACUUUAUGUUUCGAAACCAUCUCUGUUUAGUCUUUGAAAUGCUGUCCUAUAAUCUCUAUGAUUUGUUGAGGAACACCAACUUCCGAGGGGUCUCAUUGAACCUAACACGAAAGUUUGCACAACAGAUGUGCACAGCGUUGCUUUUCCUUGCGACGCCAGAACUGAGUAUCAUUCACUGUGACCUAAAGCCUGAGAACAUCCUCCUGUGCAACCCCAAACGGAGUGCAAUCAAGAUUGUUGACUUUGGCAGCUCCUGUCAGCUGGGGCAGAGGAUAUACCAGUAUAUUCAGAGUCGCUUUUAUCGGUCUCCAGAGGUGCUACUGGGAAUGCCUUAUGACCUGGCUAUCGACAUGUGGUCCCUUGGCUGUAUCUUGGUUGAGAUGCACACUGGAGAGCCGCUGUUCAGUGGUGCCAAUGAGGUAGAUCAGAUGAAUAAAAUAGUGGAAGUUUUGGGCAUCCCACCUGCUCAUAUUCUUGACCAAGCACCAAAAGCAAGAAAGUUCUUUGAGAAGUUGCCUGAUGGCACUUGGAACUUAAAGAAGACCAAAGAUGGAAAACGGGAGUACAAACCACCAGGUACCCGUAAGCUGCAUAAUAUUCUUGGAGUAGAAACAGGAGGACCUGGCGGACGGCGUGCUGGGGAAUCGGGUCAUACUGUAGCUGACUACUUGAAGUUCAAAGACCUCAUUUUAAGGAUGCUUGAUUAUGACCCCAAAACUCGGAUCCAACCUUAUUAUGCCCUGCAGCACAGUUUUUUCAAGAAGACAGCGGAUGAAGGUACAAACACAAGUAACAGUGUGUCCACCAGCCCUGCGAUGGAGCAGUCUCAGUCUUCAGGCACCACGUCCAGCACGUCUUCCAGCUCAGGUGGCUCCUCGGGAACGAGCAACAGCGGGCGAGCCAGGUCCGACCCCACACACCAGCACCGGCACAGCGGGGGGCACUUCACUGCCGCCGUGCAGGCCAUGGACUGCGAGACGCACAGUCCCCAGGUGCGCCAGCAGUUCCCGGCUCCUCUGGGCUGGGCAGGCACUGAAGCUCCCACACAAGUCACUGUUGAAACUCAUCCCGUUCAAGAGACAACCUUUCAUGUAGCCCCUCAGCCGAAUGCAUUGCAUCAUCACCAUGGAAACAGUUCCCAUCACCACCACCACCACCAUCACCACCAUCACCACCAUGGACAGCAAGCCUUGGGUAACCGGACCAGGCCAAGGGUCUACAAUUCUCCAACAAAUAGCUCCUCUACCCAGGAUUCUAUGGAGGUUGGCCACAGCCACCACUCCAUGACAUCCCUGUCUUCCUCAACGACCUCCUCCUCGACAUCUUCCUCCUCCACCGGGAACCAAGGCAACCAGGCCUACCAGAACCGCCCAGUGGCUGCUAACACCUUGGACUUUGGACAGAACGGAGCUAUGGACGUUAAUUUGACCGUCUACUCCAAUCCCCGCCAGGAGACUGGCAUAGCUGGACAUCCGACGUACCAGUUUUCAGCUAAUCCAGGUCCUGCACAUUACAUGACUGAAGGACAUCUGACGAUGAGGCAAGGGGCCGAUAGAGAGGAGUCUCCCAUGACAGGAGUCUGUGUGCAGCAGAGUCCUGUAGCUAGCUCGUGACUACAUUGAAACUUGAGUUUGUUUCUUGUGUGUUUUUAUAGAAGUGGUGUUUUUUCCCAAAAACAAAGUGCAAAGCUGCUUGAAUCAGAAGGAGGUUAACACACUGAACCGCUGCAAGAGGGCAGAGCUGACUUUUUUUUUUAACUUGAAAAGAUUGCAAAGGGACAAUGAAGUUUUUAAGAGCCAUGUCCACCCAUCCUCAUGGAGCGCUCAGAGGUGUCCUCUUUUUGCCUCCCCCAUUUAACUUGCCAUCUCCCGGUCAUAGUGGGUUUUGUCUUUCUAUCCAACAAAAGUUAAUGUUCAAAUGUUGGUCUCGGUCAUUUGCCAACCAAUUUUAAAAUAAAAAGGCACUGCACAUAAUUUGCAUAAAGGGCCCCAUAAGGGUGUUUUGUUUUUUGUUUUUUUGUUUUUUUUUUUUUUUUUUGGUUUUUUUUUUGGUUUUUAUUUUAUUUUUUUUUUUUUUUGGUUUUUUUUGUUGUUGUUUGUUUUGUUUUUUUGGGGGGGUUGUUUUUUGGGUUUUUUUUGGUUUUUUUGUUUUGUUUUUGUGGGUUUUUUUUUCUCAUUUUUAUCUUUCCCUUCCUCCCCUGUUUUGUUUUGCUCUGUUUUGGGUUGGGGGUGGGGUGGGAAUUUGGGUUUUUAUGUCCUCUCCACACUUGGGCACGGAAACGCAGUACUGUAAGGAAGAGGGGCCUCCAGCUCACACCGUCAUCCUCAGCUGUGUGAAAAGGGACGAUGUGUUGGAGUCUGUAAGGCACAGUAAGCUCAGUGGCGGGGAUCAGGACUCUCUUGCCGACCUACCGAGGAGCAAAGCAGCAAGUGCUCGGGACCCUGUGCUCUCCUGGCGGAGAGGCCACAGGAAGAUAGGAUGGAACGUGACUGGUCUCCGCACUGAGGAGCAAUCAGCGGGUCGCUUGUGGCCAGUCCUGGGGAGGUCUGAGUGGUGGUCCUUGGGAUAACCUUUGGCCUUAUGGAUUUGGACUCAAAGUUAGAAGAGCCUACCGUUUCAGAUGCAAUCACUUGUGGACAUGCUUUUGCAGACAGUCCUUAAUGCUGAAAACACAGAGAAUGGGUAACUCAAGAGGCCUUUCUUUUACCAUAGACGUUGUGACCCACUAAUUGUAAGGGAUUGCAAGGUCACUUUGCGUGUGUCAUAAAGCUGACUUCCUUAUUGGUUGGAGGCCACAGAGGUAGUGGUGUGCUCUGAUGGAAAUAGCUACAGCUGUGUCCCUUCCUGCUUUUUACCUUUUCUUUGGCUUUUUCUCGGCACGUGGUGUCUUCACCAUUUCUUCUGCACACAGACGUCUUCUGUUCAUCCUGAACAUUUUAAAAUGCAGAUUUUAUGUGACUGCUUUUUUGCCUCACAAUUAUGCUGUGAAUUUUACAAAAAUUUAUUUUCUUUUUUGAUAAUUUAUUGUACCAAAGCUGUUUUUAUAGCACAUAGAUGUCUGUAACCAAUAAUGUAGCAGUUGUGCACUCUGACACACGGUGUAACUAGACCAUUUUUAAAUGUCAGUUGAAAAUUAUGGCUGUACUAUUGCUUAAACAAAACUGGAACUGUUGUUGAGUCCAUAGCCAAUACAUUUACAGCAAUCUGUACUGGACAGACUAGAUUGACAUCUAAUUCAAGAUCACAACACCUGUCACAUUCUAAAUGUGUCCAGGCUUCUGAAGGGAAGGGGACGCGGGAGCCAACAGCUGUGGGGCCAGCAGCUGAGUCUUGUGUUCCUGAUUAACUUACCUGUAAACCUGAACCCAAGACCUUGAUUGCCCCGGCAGGUCCGCAGUAGUUGCAGGAGGAAGGCAGAGCUGAGCACUCCCUGAAGUGAGCAGGCUGCCGUUAGCGGGUGCCUCCUCUGGGGAAGAGGCUGCCUUCAUGUCACACAGUCUGGCAGUGGCUAAAUUUGUGUUCCCGUUUAAAUUGAGCCAUUGGAGGGUGUUGGAUUGGGAGAGUGAAGGCGUAGUCAUUUCCCUGUCCGGGAUCAAAAGAAGCCUAGGAAGAAGCAGUGACCUACCUCUGCCGACAAGCCUGUUGGAAGCAACUCAGCAGAGCACCACGCUACUUUUUAUUGCUCAACUCCAUGUGGCUGAUUAGGCCAACUUUUUCUUUUCUUCUGAGCAAAAGCAGGUUUUUAUCUAUAAACAGUGACAAAAGAAAGGCCUAAAACUCUGUGAAUGUGAGAGGAAACUUGGAGAGCCCCGUUUUUAUACAAACACACACUUGGUUGUUAAUCAGGAAAUCCAUAUUUAUUUUGUAAUUACAUGUCAAGCCUGUGGAUUGUUUUGAACUUGGUAGUUGAUGAGUUUCCGUGACUAAAGGGCGUCACCUCGAGCACAGCGCUGUCAGGAGGACCACGGCUGCUGCUGUAGAACCCAGACGCCACACCCUGUGGCUCAGGUCGUUCUCUUUUCCUUUCUGUGCUGGUUGCCACAUUUGAGCGAGCACCAAAAACGAAAGCAGGUUCUAAACUGAAGUUACAGGAAGAAAACCACAGUCCAGUGCUUCUGCAUACUGUGCUUCGUUGCAGUCCAGUUUUGUGUGCUUUCCCACACAGUUUGGUUACAGGACUCUGUGCAUCGUAAACAUAAACAGCAUGGAAAAGGCUAAAUACCUGUGUUCAGAUUGUAAGAUCUAGUCCGGACUUGCUGUGUAUAUUGUAACGUUAAAUGAAAAAGACCCCCUUUGUAUUAUAGUCAUGCGGUCUUAUGUAUGAUAAACAGUUGAAUAAUUUGUCCUCAGA